GGGAGAGAGCAGCUGUCAGCGCGGUAUUUCCUCCAGUUUGAUUGCUGGCUGGCUAACGAAAAUCUUGCGGGUUUAUUAGGGACGGAGAAAACGUGGAGUUAAAAGUUUGCAAGUUGACCUGGUGGGACCGAGUGACAGAAGGUAGCCAAGAUGCAGUUCUCAGGAAGGAUUCGGAAGAAGCUGCGCUUGGCAGGUGACCAGAGAAAUGCUUGUUACCCUCACAGCCUUCAGUUUUACCUCCAGCCACCUUCUGAAAACAUAUCUUUGACAGAGUUCGAAAACUUGGCUGUUGAUAGACUUAAAUUACUAAAAACAGUUGAGAAUCUUGGUGUGAGCUACGUAAAAGGAACAGAACAAUACCAGAGUAAGUUGGAGGCUGAACUUCGAAAACUCAAGUUUUCCUACAGAGAGAACUUAGAAGAUGAAUACGAGCCACGCAGAAGGGACCAUAUUUCCCACUUUAUCUUGCGCCUUGCAUACUGCCAGUCGGAAGAUCUUAGACGAUGGUUUAUUCAACAAGAAAUGGAUCUGCUUCGAUUUCGAUUCAGCAUUUUACCCAAGGAUAAAGUUCAAAAUUUCUUAAAAGAUAGUCAUUUGCAUUUUGAGGCUAUAAGUGAUGAAGAGAAGACUCUUCGAGAACAGGACAUCAUUGCAUCCUCGCCAAGCCUAAGUGGGGUUAAGUGGGAAUCGGAGUCAGUUUAUAAGAUCCCCUUUGCUGAUGCUCUGGACCUGUUCAAAGGAAGGAAGGUCUAUUUGGAAGAUGGCUUUGCUUAUGUGCCACUUAAGGACAUUGUGGCCAUCAUCCUGAACGAGUUCAGAGCCACGCUGUCUAAGGCUCUGGCACUAACAGCCAGGUCCCUGCCUGCUGUGCAGUCAGAUGAGCGACUCCAGCCUCUGCUCAAGCACCUCAGUCAUUCUUACACUGGCCAAGACUACAGCUCCCAGAAGAACACCGGGAAGAUCUCCUUAGAUCAGAUUGACUUGCUUUCUACCAAAUCCUUCCCACCUUGCAUGCGUCAGUUGCACAAGGCUUUGAGGGAAAAUCACCAUCUUCGUCAUGGAGGCCGGAUGCAGUAUGGCCUGUUCUUGAAGGGCAUUGGCCUAACUUUGGAACAGGCACUGCAGUUCUGGAAGCAAGAGUUUAUUAGAGGAAAGAUGGAUCCAGACAAGUUUGAUAAAGGUUACUCUUACAAUAUCCGGCACAGCUUUGGAAAGGAAGGCAAGAGGACAGACUAUACUCCUUUCAGUUGCAUGAAGAUUAUCCUGACCAAUCCACCAGGCCAAGGGGAUUAUCAUGGGUGCCCAUUCCGUCACAGUGAUGCAGAACUGCUGAAGCAGAAGAUGCAGUCCUACAAGAUUCCUGCCUCAGGGAUCAACCAGAUUUUGGAUUUAGUAAAGGGGACUCAUUACCAGGUAGCCUGUCAGAAGUACUUCGAGAUGACACAUAAUGUGGAUGAUUGUGGCUUUUCUUUGAAUCAUCCGAAUCAGUUCUUCCUUGAAAGCCAGCGGAUCCUAACUGGUGGCAAAGACAUCAAGAAGGAAUUCAGCCAGCCAGAAACUCCUCAGCCCAAACCCAGUGUCCAGAAGACCAGGGAUGCAUCGUCUGCCUUGGCCUCUCUAAACUCCUCCCUGGAAAUGGAGCUGGAGGACCUAGAAGAUUGUUUUAGUAAUUGAUGUGGCCACUUCAGUACACCUUUCCCCCAGUUAAUGCAUUCCUGUUUGUAAGGUUUGCCUUUUUAAAGCCCUCCUGUUGAACAGCUUCUUCUACUCACCUACUCCACGUACAGACAUUUGUUAGCAAAGCAAGUUUGCUUCUACCUGAUUUUUGA